UUGUCCCUUUUCUAUGAAUAAACUAUUCUCAGUGAUGGAGAGACAUUUAUAUCAGCGGAUGAUUUGCGAAUAAAUUUGUGGAACCUGGAGAUAAGUAACCAAAGUUUCAAUAUUAUUGAUGUGAAGCCUGUGAACAUGGAGGAUCUCACUGAGGUUAUAACAUCUGCAGAGUUCCAUCCUACUCAAUGUAACACAUUAUCAUACAGCAGUUCAAAGGGCACAAUACGCCUUAUUGACAUGCGACAAUCUGCUUUAUGUGACAUGCAUGCCAAACUAUUUGUGGAGCGAGAGACAGCUGGUUCACGUUCAUUUUUCACAGAGAUAAUUGCCUCGAUAUCAGAUAUUAAGUUUGGAAAGGACGGAAGACACAUAUUGAGUCGUGAUUACAUGACUCUGAAGUUAUGGGAUUUAAACAUGGAAUCUGGCCCUGUUGCAACCUUCCAGGUCCAUGACCAUCUGAGACCCAAGUUAUGUGACUUAUACGAUAGUGAUUCCAUCUUUGAUAAAUUUGAGUGCUGUUUAAGUGGAGACAGUCUCCGUGUUGCCACUGGUUCUUAUAGCAACCUUGUUCGUGUCUUUGGCUGUAUUUCUGGCAGUGAUGAGGCAACAACACUGGAAGCCAGCAAAAAUCCUAUGAGACAGCAGACUCAAACACCUUCGAGGCCCAUAAGAUCAAUCACCAAUCUAGGAUGCUCUCGUAGACGAGGAGCUGAGAAUCUAAAUGUAGAUGCAAAUGGAGUAGCAUACGACUUUUCAACUAAGUUGCUCCACCUAACAUGGCAUCCAACUUCCAAUGUUCUUGCUUGUGCGGCUGCAAAUAGCCUAUACAUUUACUGUGCAGAGGAUGCUCCCCAAAACGAUGCUGCUCCUAGUCAGCCAUGAAAGGCUGUUUGCUGUCAGUCAUGGUGCCAGAAAUCAGACCGAGGUCCGUUAGCACAUGCAACCUGUAUUAUGUUAUGUGGAAGGCUGCUUUAAUUAUUUUGUAGAAAGGAUGGAAUUCUUUUCUCGUUUUCCUAUCUGUUCCAGAUUUUUUUUUUUUUUUUUUUUGGG